GCCAUUUUUUCGCAAAAAAGAAUUUCCAUGUGCAGGSUAGGUAAAGGGAAUGGCGACAGAAGAAGAGAUCGAUGACCAGCAAAGCAGGGSGAGCCAGGGUACGAAUGGGGGCGAGGAACGAAACGAGGGAUCAGUGAAGGAUCGAGAGUCAGCCAAACCGGAAGGAACCCAAGAAGAUGGAAAGGACAUUUCAACAGGAGAAAGCUCCGGGAAAGCUGGGGGUAGCAAAAGGAGACCUCAGGAAAACAGGGAAGGGGGAAACGAUAUGAGAAAAAGUCCUCGGAACUCAUCAGGAACCACCCCUGAAAAGACGAAAGUCUCAGACGCUGCCCGUAAACUGGCUGAGAUAGAAAAGCGAACUGCAGAAUUUACGGCGAGGCUUAUCGAGCAGAUGAUGGCUGGGAAUGAAGAGGAUCCCCACGGCGUAGGGUCACGGGAAGGACGUAGGACCAGCCAGGGUGAGGUCAGGUAUGAAGGGAAGGAUAACGGUUACGGGGGAACGCCUAGUAAGAAAGGGAAAAACAAGGGCGACUCCCUGGCGGAGGGGACGGAAAAGGCCAUGACCCCACCUGCCAUUGACAGCGGCACUAGCCGACUGCCCACCACGCCGAAAGUAACAGGGGCGUGCGACAGACUCUGGAGCCUUAGGGAAAGGGUGCUAGGUUUGUUUGACCCAGAAGGAACGCCGAAAAUCGGGGAGAAGCAGAGGGAGAGCAAGGAAGGGGAGGAGACCAAUGCAGCUGGAGAAGGGGGUGGCUCCGAAGGUGGGCUCAAGAGGAUAGUCACCACCCUCACUCGGGCACUAAACCAGAACCAGGGGUAUUUUGCAGACGCAAAGAAAAAACUCACGUUCGAUGGGGCAAACAUUAUGGAGUUUCUGAUAGACUAUGAGAACCUUGCAGCCCUACUCAAAUGGACGGAAGAGGAAAAGAUAGAUCACCUAGGGCAGCACGUGUCGCUAAGCUUGGGAAGGGACAUUAUGGCCAUCGUCGCUUCCAGUGGAUCCUAGAAAGAGACCAGGAACGAGAUGAUGAGGAAAUACCUGAAGGCAGAGAAAAUGGCAACAGAGGCCGAAUUAGCACCAGUCCAGAGGAAAAACUAUGUGAAUUACAACGAUUUCCUAAGGGCAUUUACGUUAGUGGCUCUGCGAAUCCCGGGGGUAACGGACCGCAUAAUGAGUAAAUGCUUCCUUAGGCA